CCUUCCCGGCCGCGGGGAAGGCGGGGCUGGCCACGUCUCCAUGGCGACGGCGGACGCGCCAGAGGAGGUGGCCGGUACUUACCGGCUAGCGACGUGGCGCCCAGAAUCGAAGCAAAGAGGAGACCAUGUCGGAUCUGGGCUCCGAGGAGUUGGAGGAGGAGGGAGAGAACAGUCUUGGGGAGUAUGAAGGGGAGCGCAACGAGGCCGGGGAGCGGCACGGGCACGGCCGGGCGCGGCUGCCCAACGGGGACGUGUACGAAGGCCAGUAUGAGUUCGGUCAGAGGAACGGCCAGGGAGUCUACAAAUUUAAAAAUGGUGCCCGGUACACUGGACAAUAUCUUAAAAAUAAAAAGCACGGUCAAGGCACUUUUAUAUAUCCAGAUGGAUCGAGAUAUGAAGGAGAGUGGGCAGAUGACCAGCGGCAUGGCUAUGGCGUGUACUACUACGUCAACAACGACACCUACACCGGGGAAUGGUUCGCUCACCAAAGGCACGGGCAAGGCACCUACCUCUACGCAGAGACCGGCAGUAAGUACGUCGGCACCUGGGUGCACGGCCAGCAAGUGGGCGCAGCUGAGCUCAUCCACCUGAACCACAGGUACCAGGGCAAGUUCCUGAACAAGCACCCUGUGGGGCCGGGGAAGUACGUGUUUGACAUUGGCUGCGAGCAGCACGGCGAGUACAAGCUGACUGACGUGGAAAGAGGAGAUGAGGAGGAGGAGGAGGAGACCUUGGCAAACAUCAUUCCAAAAUGGAAAGCCACGCAGAUCACAGACCUGGCUCUGUGGACACCUACUCUCCCGGAGAAGCAGCCCUCCUCGGUGGGCCCUGGCCCGGAUGAGACACUCGGAGAGGAGGGUGUCCCAGAGAUGGAGGAGGAAGUUCAAGCUCUGUCCGACGGUUUUGAGGGGGAGCUGGACCUGCGGCCAGGAGAGGAGGACACGGAUGCCUGGGAGCUCAGUUCCGAAAUAGACCAGGCAAGCACGGUUGUGGAGGAAGAGGAGGCGAGGCAGGCGGAGCUGCAGGACUAACAGAUGGCAGAGAGAGCGGACUCGGCCAGGGUCCGGGCCGGCGCUGUGAAUGCACCUCCUUAGUUGUUAAGUCGGUUUAUGAUGGCAAAUAAACCCCUCCAGAGCCCCUUGUUUCUGGAAUAACUGCUGCUA